AUCAACUUUCUAUAAAACUUAAAAAGUAGCUUAUCAGCAUAAGUGAAUCAUUGCAGUGCAACUUGAUAUUUAAUGCUAUUUGACGCCUUGAUGCCAAAAUCAUGAGUGAACAAGUUCAUAAAAGCGACUUUAAAGAUCGAGAAUAUCAAAGAAACAUUAUCGACGUCUGUAUUAGUCGCAACUCGAUCGUUUAUUUGCCGACCGGAGCUGGAAAGACGUACAUUGCCAUUCAGGUGAUUAAACACUUUUCGGAUAGUCUUAAAGGCACAUACAGUGAUGGUGCAAAGAGAUCAUUCUUCCUUACUACUACAGUCGCCCUUGCAAAACAACAGGCUGAGCGUAUAAAAGAUCUUAUGCCUUUUAGUAUUGCUAUUUUGACUGGUGAAAAUAACGUCGAUGAUUAUAAUGGACAAGAAUGGCUUGAUAUAUUGAAUAAGAAUGAAAUUUUAGUGAUGACAGCUCAGUGUUUUUAUGAUGCAGUUGCUCGUACAUUUAUAGAUCUGAAAUCAUUAAGUGUCAUUAUUUUCGAUGAAUGCCAUCACGGAAGGAAGGGACAUGUUUAUCGGCAAAUAAUGCAGACAAUGGAUGAUACAAAUAUUGUGCAAGACAUAAGAAUCAUUGGACUUUCUGGCAUGUUAAUUGGAAAUGACAAUUCAAUUAAGCCUCAUUCUGUUCCAGAAGAUUUACAACAGCUCGAGAGUGUCUAUCAGUCUACAAUUAUUACUGUUAAUGAUAUCUUUGACCGACGAAAUGUCUUGAUUUAUUCAACAAAGGCAAAAGAAUCGUGCAUCACUUACAACUUUACGCCAAUUCAUGAGUGCUUGACAAAAGUUAGAGCAGAACUGUCAAAACUUCAAGAAGAACUAAAGCCAAUCAAAUUGAACAACUACGCUAAAUUAAACCCAAAAACAUUGCUUGAAACUGGCCCAUCAAAAAUAAAGGAUUUGAUUAAUUUAUUCAAAGAUUUCGAGUUUCAAACCGAGGAACUCGGAUGCUAUGGAAGCUAUUUGGCAUUGCUGAGUGUUAUGAUACAACUGGAACUGACUAAAAGAUUUGCUGAUACUGAAAAGUUUCGUAAAAUUGUUGGAGCAUGCAUAACAAAGGUAGAAUUUUGCAUCAACUACCUUAAACGUGAAAUGGGCUUCGAUAAGAAGGGUUCAUCUAUUGUAAUGAAGAAUUCAUCAUUGAAAGUUCAAACACUGCUUCUUCUCUUGAAGAAAUUCUUCGAAGAUCCAAAUCGUGACAAAGAUAUGCAGUGCCUAAUAUUCACUGAAAGACGUUCUUCUGCCAAGAUUCUAUAUCACUUGAUCAAAUCUUUUGGUCACGAGGACCCAAAUUUCCCUAUGAAACCGGAUUUUGUUGUUGGACGAAACAAUGCUAUGCCUGAAUCAAUUGAGUCAAUUUUAACUACAUCAAAUAACUCUUUGGCAUUAGAAAGAUUUGAAAAUAAGGAAACAAAUGUCAUAGUAUGCACAAAUGUUUUGGAAGAAGGAAUUGAUUUGCAAGCAUGUAAUCUCGUUAUGGUUUAUGAUCCACCAAAAACUCCACGUAGUUAUAUUCAAUCGCGUGGAAGAGCCAGAGAUGAUCAAAGUAAUUAUGUAGUAAUGCUGGAUAAUGGAAGCAAGCCUAAAUUUGACAAAAAGUUCAAAACUUGGCAACAAAUAGAUUUUGAAAUGAAAAAGCAACUAAUUGGACGUACAAUUGAUCGAUUACCACCAAGUGAAGAUGAUAUAAAGAAGGAACAAGUUCAAGAGUGGGAUCCUUUCUAUACAAAAGAAGGUGCAUGCUUAACAGCUUUAAAUUGUGUCCCGAUUUUAAUGCAAUACGCACAAAGUCUUCCUGGUGAUCGUUUUACAAGUCCAAGUGUCAAUUGGAAGCGAAUUAAUUACGAUAGUGGUACAUUUAGUGUAAAUUUGACAUUACCGACACAAUCGAUGAUUAAUGAUGAAAUUAUUGGAAGUCCUCAGAAAAGUGUUAAAGUUGCAAAGCAAGAUGCCGCUUUUAAAGCAUGCAAAAUGUUGUAUUCUAAUGGAAAUUUAACAGAAAAAUUAGGUCCAGUUGGAAGUGAUGUUAAAAUUGAGGAAUGUAGUCCAAAAUACUUUGAUCAUUGGGAAAAAUAUCAAGGAGAAAACCCAAAGAGAGCAGGCACUAAGAACAACCUUCGUUUACAUGAAAUUAAAAUUCCGGAAGCAAUCAAAAACUGUGGACCAAAUAUUGGAACAAAUUAUCUUUAUAGAAUUAGCAUUAAACCAAAGUUUGAUGACAUUAAUAGCAAUGCUCUUAAAGUUUUCCAUAAAUUGCUGGCAAAUGAAAACACUUUUGGAAUCUUAACAACAAAGCGUAUCCCAAAACUAUCGAUAAUAACGCUUUUUCAGUCUUAUGGAGAGAUUGAAUGUGAAAUAAGUGAAUUGCCGAUAGCUGUAGACAUCGAAAAUGAAGGAAGCUUAAAGAAAUUGCAAAAAUUCCACAUUAAUAUUUUUCGUGAUUUGUUGAAAGCUUUUCAAACCUAUUUCGUAUUGGAUAAAUCGUCUUACCUUAUUGUUCCUAUUAAUGAAGACAAUGAAAUUGACUGGAAGCUAAUUGACGAUUUUCAAGUGGUUCCAAAACCAACACUUUUGACUAGAGCACAAAUUGAAAACAUGACAUUUAAUGCUGAAGAUUAUAUUUAUAAGGUCGUUAAUCCUGUUUAUAGACAAUAUACUGAACAAAAUUAUGUCGUAAUUAACAUUAAUCAGCACAAGACACCUUUAUCGGCAUUUCCUAGUGACAUUAGUAAGACAUAUGCAGAACAUGUUAUUGACAAAUUUCAAGUAAAUGUUUAUCGCUACGAUCAGUUUCUAAUUGAAGUCAAAGGAAUCAGCAAGAAUCUAAAAUUAUUCUUUCCUGGUGCUGGAAUGAGUGGAAAACAAAAGAAAUAUGAAAGGCUGACAGAAUGUGAAGAAUAUAUUCCAGAAAUAUGUCACAAUUACAAGUUUCCAGCUGAUUUUUGGUUAAAAGCAACUUUACUUCCAGCAAUUUGUCAUCGAAUGAACUACAUGCUAUUAGCUGAAGAACUAAGACGUUGGCUGAUCAAUGAAGGCAUUGAUAAUGGAUAUGGUCAACAGAUUUAUAAGCUUGAUGUCGAUUAUGGUGAUUAUGACAAGCGUACGGAAUUAUUAAAGCAAGCUGAGCAUGAACCAUCAGAGAAAUUUGAAGAUUUUAAAGAUGCUUUGAUAAAAAUCAAGCAACAAGAAGUUGAGGCAAGUCAGAAGAGCAAGAAUUUCAAGACACAAGCUAACUUGACUUGGAAUCGAUCAGCUUUACCAAUUGAUAUAGAUAGAAACUGGUUGACUCUUUCAGACGUCGAUAUUGAUUAUUAUUUCCAUUUUAUUGGCGGAAAAAAUGAAGUUACUGGAACUUCUUUGGAGUUGUUGAAGAAUAAACGUCAAACUGGUUCAACAAUUAAGAAUGUACCGUCAUUAAUGGGACGAAAAAUUGACAAAAACAUAAAAUUGCUAGAUUUGAACAAUUCAUCAAGCUGUAUUCAACAAAAAGAUUUGAUCAAAGUUUUAACAACCGCAAAAUCAGGUGACGUUUUCGACAUGGAAAGAUUUGAAGCAUUAGGAGACGGAUUUCUCAAGUUUAUUGCAUCAUUGUUCCUUUAUAAGACGCACGAAAAUUGGCAUGAAGGACAUUUAACAGCUUUGAAAGGCAAAAUGGUCAGUAACAGAAACCUCUAUUACAUCGGAAAUGAUUUCGGAUUGUCGAAUAUCCUUAAUUGUUCGCAAUUUGAUAUGAAAUCGUCAUUUGCUCCGUCCACAAAAUUACCAGUAAAUCUUAAAAAGAUUUUAGUGAACGACAAAAGAUUGUUGACAUACUUACUAGACGUGACCGAAAACUUAUCUGAUUCUGAGGUUGACAAUGGUAUUAUGAGCGACGAAAAACUUAAAAUAUUCAGAAGCACAUUGAUGGACAUUGAAGAUGAACAAGAUUCUGCUAGAAACAUCGACAGAUCAUUCAUUGGAUUUCUUGAUCAGAAAGUUAUUGGCGAUAAAAUUAUUGCUGAUUGUGUUGAAGCAUUGCUCGGAUGUACAGUUUCAAGUGUCGGAAUCGAUGCAACUUAUAAAUUGUGCCAGAAAUUAAAAAUUCUUCCAGAAACACAAAAUCUUUUGACAGAAAAAAUUCACCCACGAAUUGUCCAUGAAACUGAUUUGACUGUACCGAAUCGUGGAGCAUUAGAGAAGAAAAUCAGCUACAAGUUUUCGAACGAAAUUUAUUUAACACAAGCUUUAACUCAUGCUUCAUAUCCCAACAAAGCUUCUGGAACUUAUCAGCAAUUAGAGUUUCUUGGCGAUGCUGUUCUUGAUUUUUUGAUCACAUCGUUCAUUUACGAAAACUGUCCAAAGAUGGAUCCUGGAAAAUUGACAGAUUUGCGAUCAGCACUCGUCAAUAAUGUCACUCUAGCAUGCAUUAUUGUUCGAAAUGAUAUCCAUAAGCACAUGCUGUAUGAAAAUUAUACAUUAUGUGAAGCUAUCAAAAAAUUUGUCAUUUUUCAACAGAGUCAUAAUCAUGAAGUAACUGAUCAAGUUGAAUUGAUGAGUACAGAAAAUGACACGAGCAUUGCAAAGUCCAUUGAAGUUCCAAAGGCUUUAGGAGACAUCUUCGAAUCAAUUGUUGGUGCCAUAUACUUAGAUACAAAUUUAUCAUUAAAAAAGACUUGGGAUGUCAUUUAUAAAUUGAUGCAGCAUGAAAUUCAUAAAUUUAUGAAUGAUGUUCCAAUUCAAAUUACUCGACGCUUAUUUGAGUUUCAAGGUGGAAUUGCUGAGCCAAGAUUCUAUAGCACUGAACUUAUUGAAGAUGAUGACAAUGUGGCGGUUCCAUUAAAAAUUAAGACACGUGAUGGAAAAGAGAAAAUUAUUAUUGGUUUUGGAAGAAAUCGAAAGAUCGCAAAGGAAGCUGCUGCCAAGAAGGCCUUAACAGAAUUGAUGUAAAUAUUUGAGUAUUCGGAUAAUUUGUGACAUUUAUAUGCUUAAUAUUUAAUAUGUAGCAUGUGAGAUAUGUAUUUGACUCGAAAGUAUUUUUUAAAACAAAUAUGAUGCUGCCUUAGGUUUUGCUCACUUCCUUUAGUUCUAGCUUCUAAAUUCAUGGUAUUUUAUGUGAUAUAAAUUUAUUAGAAUAUUUUUGAGCAUUAAACAUUGUCAAAACCUUAUCUGAUUACUCAAAUUAAUUUCGUAUUUAGGGAUGGGAACUGAAAAUUGAUAUAAUCAAUGAUUGAUUCCGUGAUAUGCUUUUUCA